AUGUUCUCAAUUGUUCGUCCUUCAAGCCUCUUCGCCACAAAACCAAUGCUCACAAGAGCCAAUUCUGCUCUGAAUCCCGGACAAAUUCUUCAAGGCAACCGUUGGAACUACCGCAUCCUCAAAGCUGUCAAGGGAGAUAGUACGCACACGUCUACCAUCUUCAAAGCUGAGGUCCUUCCACAUAGGAACACUACCGAGUCUCCUCCCAAAUGGGCCGUCAUCAAAGUACCUUCGCCUGACAAUGCAGAUGCCCAGGGAAACCUGAGCCGCGAACAUAAUAUGUAUCGUCUGGACUGUGUCAACUCAGCCGCAUGCUUUCGACGACUCUAUGAACUUAUUAAGAAGUUCCUGAAGGCAGCAUUGAGGAGUUGCGUCAUUCUAGACGGUCAAAAAUUAGUGAACACAGAUUACAAACCUGGCAACAUCUUGGUUUCUGGAAUUAAUACUGGCUCUGUCAAGGCCAAAGUAGGAGACUUAGGGCUUGUUUUUCCUUCUGGAGGUCGAAUUAAUGCCCAGCCGCUUGCCAUGCGUGCCCCUGAAAUCUUUCUUGGCCACGCGUGCAGCCCUUCCCCUUACAUUGAUAAUGCCUGGUCAAUGGCAAAGAUCAAACGGCUCUUUCCUGGAUGGAAUAUUCCGCAUCCUGAUGAGGUUGAGCGUUCCACUCUCAAACUUGCUGUCGAAUAUGCCGCGGAAUUCGCCGAUGGAUCUGAAGGGGCAGAGGACCUGCAAGCAAUCUUGAUGUUUGAGGAGGAGACAAGAAAAGUGGAGAUGCCACAACAAUUGAGGGAUCUUCUUCGUCUCAUGUUGGAAUGCGACCCUAACAAAAGGCCUUCUGCGCUGUGUGUACUAAAAUCGAAGCAGUUUUGGGCAUUUGAGAAUCUCAGCGCGUAA